AUGGUUAAACUCAUCUCUACAAUAUUAAUUGCUAUUAUUGCUGUUGUUUAUAUUUCUGCUCAAGGAGGUAAUGAAUUACCACCAUUCCUUGUUGGUGCUCCACAACCUGUUGCUGCUAGUUUUGAAGCUCUUAUAGCAGCAAAUGCACACAAACCUGAAACUGAAAUAGACAAAGCUGUUGAAGAUUGGAUAAGCAAACAAGAUCAAGGAAUCAAAACUAAAUUCCAACAAUUUAAAACUCAAGUUUCUAAAAUGAACAAAGAUGCUGAAGCUGCUCAUAAUGCUGCUCUUGCUAAAUUCUCAGCAGAAGCUAAAGCUGCUGAUGCUAAAAUGUCAGCUAUUGCCGCAAACAGUGCUUUAUCACCAAAACAAAAAGGAGAACAAAUUGAAUCUAUUAUGAAAUCUCUUAGCCCAUCUGUUAAAGCAGAAAUUGAAAAAGCUAUGCAAGGUUAA